AUGCUGCGGUACCUGCUGAAGACGCUGCUGCAGAUGAACCUGUUCGCCGACUCGCUGGGAGCCGAAGGCUCCAACUCCUCCUCGCUGCUGCUCGGCAUCAAUCGCUCCAUCGCCGCGCUCCACCUGCCCGAUCUCGCCCCCGGUAACGGAUCCCACGGCCAGCUGGAGGACACGGCUCCCCGCAUCGUGGAGCACCCCACGGAUGUCCUGGUCUCCAAGGGGGAACCGGCCACGCUGAGCUGCAAGGCCGAGGGGCGCCCGGCCCCGGAGGUGGAGUGGUACAAGGACGGGGAGCGGGUGGAGACGGACCGGGAGGAUCCCCGCUCGCACCGCACCCUCCUCCCGGGGGGAUCCCUCUUCUUCCUCCGGAUCCUGCACGGGAGGAGGGGAAAGCCCGACGAGGGGGUUUAUGUCUGCGUGGCCAGGAAUUACCUGGGCGAGGCCACCAGCCGGAAUGCUUCCCUGGAGGUGGCUGUGCUGCGGGACGAUUUUCGGCAGCCCCCGGGGGAUGUGGUGGUGGCCGCGGGAGAACCGGCAGUGCUGGAGUGUGUCCCACCCCGAGGGCACCCCGAGCCCAGCGUCUCGUGGAAGAAAAACGGAGUCCGGGUCAGCGACAAGGACGAGCGCCUGACGAUCCGUGGUGGGAAGCUGAUGGUGGCCAGCACUCACAAGAGCGAUGCUGGCGUCUAUGUCUGCGUGGCCACCAACGUGGUGGGGGAGAGGGACAGCGAGCCGGCCGAGCUGGUCGUCUUUGAGCGCCCAGCAUUUGUCCAGAGGCCCCAGAACCAGGUGGUGCUGGUGGAGGGGACGGCGGUGUUUGCCUGUGAAGCGGUGGGGGAUCCGCAGCCGGCGGCACGCUGGCGCAAGGAGGAGGGUGAAAUGCCACUGGGAAGGUGGGAGGUGCUGCCAGACAACACCCUGCGGAUCAGCCGGCUGCAGGUGGAGGAUGAGGGCACCUACACCUGCGUGGCUGAUAACAGCGUGGGCAGGUCGGAGGCAUCGGGCACCCUCACUGUGCAUGUGCCCCCCCAGCUUGUCAUCGGACCCCAUGACCAAGCUGUCACCCCUGGCCAGAGUGUGACUUUCCAGUGCCAGAGCAAGGGCAACCCACCACCCGCUGUCUUUUGGCAGAAGGAGGGGAGCCAGACCCUGCUGUUCCCGGGCCAGCCCCCAAUCCCUUUGGGCCGUGUUUGGGUGAGCUCCAGUGGUGCUUUGACCAUCGUCAACGUCCAGCCCAGUGAUGGUGGCCACUACCUGUGCCAGGCUAUCAGCGUGGCCGGCAGUGUCCUGGCCAGGGCCGGCCUGGAGGUGACAGGGGCACCCACUGGACUCCACCCACCGGUGAUCAGCCUGCUUCCCGCUAACCAGACAGUGCUGCCAGUGGGGGCCACAGUGCGGCUGCCGUGUGGAGAGGGGGCCCAUGACCCCCCAGGCAGCGUGGGGUGGCUGAAGGAUGGCAGUGCCCUGGUAGGUGCCCAGCCCCGUGCCAGCCUGCUGGAGAACGGCACCCUGCAGAUCACCGGCCUCCGGGUGAAAGACUCCGGGCUCUACGAGUGCGUGGCCAGCAGCCCAGCGGGCGAGACACGCUGGGGCAUCUCCUUGGAGGUACAAGGUGAUGAAUCCGACCUCUCCCUGCCUUCCCCUGCACCCGGUCUCCUCCCUGGGCCACCCUCCACCCCUGUGGUCACCAACGUUACCAAAAGCAGUGUCACCCUGAGCUGGAAAGGGAGCAAGGACAGUGGUGCCACCGAUGUCACCUCUUACAUAGUGGAGGCUUUCAGCCAGGCAGCGGGUGGCCCGUGGCAGACAGUGGCAGCCGAUGUGGAGGGUGAGAGCCACACAGUGACCGGCCUUGUCCCUGACACUGUCUACCUGUUCUUGGUGCGGGCGGUCAAUGCCUACGGGCUCAGUGACCCCAGCGGCAUCUCAGAGCCUGUGCGCACCCAAGCAGAUGCCAAUCCCAUGCAGCAAGGGCUGGAUCCUGAGCAGGUGCAGCAGGAGCUGGCACAAGUGGCUGUGCACCUGAAGGAACCUGUGGUGCUGCCACUGGGCACCGUCCACCUCUCCUGGACCGUGGAGCACCAGGCACCGUUCCUUCAGGGCUACCGGGUGCUGUACCGGCAGCGCGGCGGGCGCUGGGAGGAGGCACGGAUGGUGUGGGCACCGGGGGAGCGGGGGGCCCUGCUCACCGAGCUGCUCCGGGGCCAGGACUACGAGGUUAAGGUUCGACCCUAUUUUCAACACCUCCAUGGUCCUGACAGUGCUGUGCGAGCUUUGCGCACCCCCGAAGCGGCCCCCAGUGCCCCGCCACGAGCUGUCAGUGUGGCUGGGAAUGGUACCAGUGUCCGCAUCUCGUGGCAGCCACCUCCUCUGGCAGAGCAGAAUGGUGUCAUCCGUGAUUACCGGAUUUGGUGCUUGGGCAAUGAGAGCCGCUUCCACAUCAACCAGAGCGUGGAGGGGACGGUGCUGGCGACAGUGCUGCAGGGACUCGUCCCUGGUGUCCCUUACCGUGCUGAAGUUGCCGCUGCCACCAGUGCUGGUGUGGGCACCCGCAGUGCCCCUGUCCCCAUCCACAUCGCCCCCCUGGUGGAGCGAGAUGCGAGGCCAGCGGGCGGGAGCAGCUUGGCUGAGCAUUUAGCAGAGGUAGCCAGGCAGCCAGCCUUCAUUGCCGGCGUUGGUGGUGCUUGCUGGGUCAUUCUCGCUGCCUUUGCUGCUUGGCUCUACAGCCGCCGCCGGAGGAAGAAGGAGCUCAGCCACUUCACCGCAUCCUUUGCCUACACACCCACCGGUAAGCCCCUAAGUGCUGCGGGGUCCCAGUACGGCCUCUCGCUGCCCUCACCCCCAUCUCUUUCCACAGUUGCCUUCCCGGCUCCAGUGCGCAGCAACCCCAGUGGUGGUUACCCGUGGCUGGUGGAUGCGUGGCGUGGCGGCAGCACAGCCAGUGCUGCCGGUUGUUUGGGGGCCACUGAAAGAUACUACAAUGAUGCCGGCAUCACUCGGUACAUCGCUCAGACGGAGCAGUUCGGAGCGGGGGCUGGCGAGGGGCCGGUUUACAGCACCAUCGACGUUGACAGUGAGGAGCUCUGCACAUUCCCCCGUCCCUUCUCACAGUAUGGGACCCCCUACCCUGGGGGGAGUUCCCAGCCAAUGGAUGCUGCAGCCUCCCAGGUGCCCCGUGGCCGGGCUGAGCACGGUAGGGUGCUGGGGCAAGCAGUGAAACCACCGGUGGUGAGCUGGACAGAGCUGCUGCCCCCACCACCCUCAGCCAGUGAGCUCAGCCAGUGCGCCCAGGAGGAGGAGAAGGAGGAGGAAGAGGAGGAUGAAGAGGAAGAUGCAGCUGGAGGGUUGGGGAUGGAGGUGUGGUACCGUGGUGAGGACAUGCCCUGUGCCACUGCUGCAUCCUCACCCACCACCUCGUCCGGCUGCCGUUCCACCGCCACGCUGACACCAUCGCCUCGCACCACGGAGGACAUCCCUCGCCUCCGCGACUUCGAUAGCUCCCUCCUGUCCUGGAGACACCCCCCCGGCGUCAGCACCCCCCCACAGGCACCCAGCCCCUCGGUGACUCCGGAUGCCAGCGAGGGCCACCCACCCCGAGCCCGCUGCCCUCCUGGCACAGGGAAAACCCGCGGGGUGAUCUCCAAAAGUCGCCUGAAGCCCAAAUGCAGCCGCUACCGCCGGGAAAAGCAGAUGGGAGAGCUGCCGCCGCCGCCGCUGCCGCCGCCCGGCGAGAGCCCCGGCCCCGCUGCGGAGCUGGAGCCGAGCGGGGCUGAGCGCAGGGUCCCGGCCCGCCCGGCCCGCGGGGAUGAGGUCAUCCCCUACAGCAAAGCCUCCUGCGUGCCCCGCGGGCAGGUGUCCGGCAGCUGCUCCACCACGGGCAGCGUCUCGUCCCGCGGCUCCAGCAGCUCCCGCGGCCACGGCUCGGGGCGCAGCCGGACCCCCGGGGACCGCGGCGAGGGCACCGGCCACUGCCGCCGCCCGGGGGCCCCGAUUCCCUGCCCGCCGCAGGAAAAGCGAUAA